AUUUACGACCUGAAGUGUGUGAGGAGUACGUACGUUUGGAAAUGAUGUUCUUUUAACUAGUUAAAAUAAAAGUGUCAAAUCUAUUGCACUGGCUUUGCAAUAUAUGAAAAUAUGCCCCCUACAAUACAAACAGGUACAGCUGCUGCUGAACGAGAUCGUAAACUAAGACCUGGAGAUAAAAGAUCUGAUCUGGUAUGCAGAGUGAAAUACUGUAACACUCUUCCCGAUAUCCCAUUUGAUCCAAAAUUCAUCACCUAUCCUUUUUUACCUAAUAGAUUUGUGGAUUAUAAGCCAACAUCCUUAGAAAGGAAUUACAAACAUGAUCUUUUGACUGAACAUGAUCUUGGAGUUACUAUUGAUCUUAUAAACCCUGACACAUAUGCUAUUGAUAAAACAACAGGAAAUCUUCAAUCCGAUGAUGAAAGACUGUUAGAAGAAGAUUCUCUGACACCACAAGAUUCAAAAAGAUCACGACAUCAUAACAAAGCUGUUCCUUGGCUGAAGAAAACAGAAUAUAUAUCAAAUGAGUUUAAUAGAUAUGGUCAUAGUAGUGAAAAAACAGAAACCAAGGUUGGUUAUAAUGUCAAGAAACUUUUCAAGGAAGAAAAUGUGUAUAUGGGCCGUGAAAGUCAAAUUGCUGCCAUUAACAAAACUUUCUCAGAUGCUAAAAUACCAAUUGAGAAGCAUUACAGCAAGCCUAAUGUUUAUGCUGUUGAAGAACUUCCUGUAUUCCCAGAUAACCAGCUGUGGCGAUAUCCAUUUGCUCAAGUUAUGUUUGAUACAGAGCCAGCUCCUAACUCACAAAUGGAAGAAAUGUCACAAGCUAUGAUCAGAGGUGUUAUGGAUGAAAGUGGUGAACAGUUUGUCGCUUAUUUCUUGCCAACUGAAGAAACUAUGAAAAAAAGGAAGCGAGAUGCUGAGAAUGGUGUUGAAUAUGAAGAUGAUGAAGAGUAUGAAUAUAAAAUGGCACGUGAAUAUAACUGGAAUGUUAAAAAUAAAGCAUCUAAAGGUUAUGAAGAAAAUUAUUUCUUUGUGUUUCGAGAUGGAUGUGUCUAUUACAAUGAACUAGAAACUCGAGUGCGUUUGAGUAAGAGAAGGUUAAAACCUGGUGCCCAACCUAAUUCAAACUCCAAACUUGUUGUUCGUCACAGACCUUUGAAUGAAAUGGAGUUCAAGACUCAGGAAUUGCGAAUGAUGCAGUUAGAUGCACCUCAGGAAGAAGAAGAGGAAGAGGAGGAGGAAGUGGCCCAGCCCAAUGGCGAAAAAGAAAAUGAGGCUGAGGAAGAAAAUGAAGGCGAUGAAGGUGGAGAAGAACAGGAUCAGGAGGAGGAAAAAGAAUCCGCUUCAAGUGAAAGUGAAGCUGAAAAGAAAGACGAUGAUGAAAAAGAGGAAGAAUCUGAAGCAGAGGCGGCAUCAGAAGAGGAAGAAGAAAAGGAACAAGAAAAUGACAGAGCAAGUAACAAAUCGGCUUCUAGCUCUAAAUCUUCAUCUUCCUCUUCUAGUGAGAGCGAAGCUGAAGAGGCAGAUGAUCAGAAGAAAAGAGAUGAGGAAGAAAUCUUUGGAAGUGACAGUGAUUAAUAUUGUAAAUAAAUGUUCAUAUAAGUAGGCUGUACAUAUUUUUAUUGUAAUAAAUAUUUUUUCCAUGUUU